CCAAGAAGGCCUGCAUAAAAAACCAAAGACUUCUUUCUCCUUCCGCCCCAGUUUGUCUUCUUGCAAUCCAGAGGUAACACCACAAUGAGGUCCGGCAGGCUCAAAGGAUUACUGCUGGCAAUCUUGGUGGCGGCGUGCCUCCUGUACCUGCGCUCCAUUUACAGCGAGGUGCAAAGCCAUUCGCAGAGCUUCCAGGGGGUCAACUACCACUCCGUCAGGGGGCAGGGCAUGUCCGAGAGGCUGGAGAAGAUGGAGGUGGACAUCGACAGGCUCUUCAACCUGGUGGAGAAACUUGAAUCAAAGGAGCCGGAUGGGCAGAAGAAGCAAGUACAUAACAUGGCUGUUGAAAAGAAGGUGCCGAGGAAACUGUUCCCCAACUCGUUUCUGUUCAAGAAGUGGGGCGAGGGCCUGUCCGAGGAGGAACAGAAGGAGGCUGAGAGCUUGUUUGGCAGAUUCGGCUACAACGCCUACCUGAGUGACAGGCUCCCGCUCAACAGGGAAAUACCCGACACGAGGCCGGCCAGGUGUGCUGAGAAGAAGUACCCGGAUGAGCUACCCAGCGUGAGCGUGGUGUUGAUCUACCUUGACGAAGCUCUGUCUGUCAUCAAGCGGGCCAUUCGCAGUAUCAUCGACAAGACCCCCGCUCGUCUCCUGAAAGACAUCGUACUGGUGGACGACCACAGCACCAACGAGGACCUGAAGGAGAAGCUGGACGAAUACAUCAACGUCAUCCACGAGGAGCGUCCGGGCCUGCUCAAGAGAGUCCGACACGCCGAGCAGCUGGGCCUCACUCAGGCCAGACUGUCAGGAUGGAAGGUGGCCACCGGUGACGUGGUAGCCAUCUUGGACGCCCACAUUGAAGUCCACGUGCAAUGGGUAGAACCUUUGCUGGCUCGCAUCAAGGAGGACCGAACUGUCAUCCUGACACCCGUCUUUGAUAAAGUCAAUUUCGAUGACUUGACGGUGACCCGCUACAGUCCGGCUGCUGAUGCCUUUGACUGGGCCUUGUGGUGCAUGUACGAGUCCUUCAGGCCUGAAUGGUACCAGCUCAAAGACGAGUCGCAGCCUGGCAAGAGCCCGUCCAUCAUGGGGAUACUUGUCGCGGAUCGCAAGUUCUUUGCAGAGAUCGGAAGUCUGGAUGGAGGAAUGAAGAUAUACGGUGGUGAGAAUGUAGAGCUGGGCAUCCGGGUUUGGCUGUGCGGGGGCAGCGUGGAAGUCAUCCCCUGCUCCAAAAUUGCGCACAUCGAACGUGCCUCCAAGCCCUACCUGCCCGACUUGAGCGUCACCAUGAAGCGUAACGCACUGCGGGUGGCCGAGGUGUGGAUGGAUGAGUACAAGCACAACGUCAACAUCGCAUGGAACCUUCCACUGGAGAACCACAGCGUGGACAUCGGCGAUGUGUCUGAGAGGAAGAAGCUGAGGGAGCGGCUCCAGUGCAAGCCCUUCAAGUGGUACCUGGAGAACGUUUACCCCAUGUUGGACCCUCUCGACGACCUGGUGGCAUAUGGAGCACUUAUAAACACGUUGAAGCUGGAUCUCUGCAUUGACCAAGGUCCAGUUCCAGGCAGCACCCCCAUUCUCUAUUCAUGCCACUACUUCGCCCCUCAGCGCUGCUACUACCGCACCAACGGACAACUCUACAUCGGCGGCAUCAAGUCCCACAAGUACAACAGUAACCGCUGUCUGGUGGAUCCCGGCACAGGCGUCUACCCGGCGCUGCAUGAAUGCAAGUUGGCCGCUCAGAAGAAGUUCCACAUGUUGUGGGAUUUCAAACAGGGAAUGUCCAUCCAGAACAGGGAGACAAAGAGGUGUCUAGAGAUCGCCGUGGGUCAAGACAGUUACUACCAUCUUAUCAUUCAGCGCUGCACGGGUCAGAUCUGGAACAUACAGAAUUAUAUCAAAGAGAGGGAAGCGAAGUAGGCUCAGAUCCAGCAGGCGAGGUAACAAUUCAGCAGCUUGCGAGUGCAGAGAACUCACAUUUUGCACUGGAAGAUUCCCACGGAUGACAAACACCAAAGAAGACAUUCCUUUGAGCAACAAAACUAUCAAAAUUCAUUUCUCUUAUAAGGUGGGAAGUGUUACCCUAUGCUUUUUAAAAUUACGGCACUAAGUGACAUCGUACUGAACGGCCAUUACACGACGAAGAAGUGUGUACAAACUUUGGUGCGGCCAAAUAGCGUGGGUGCGAACGCUCGUCUCUCAGCAUUCACUCGUUACCUAGGCUCUUAAAAUUACGCUAAAGUAACAUCGCAAAGAAAGAACAUUACUCAACGUAAAAGCACGUACGAACUCCGAUGCGCCCAAUAUUAUUGCAUCAUCUUUCAACAUUCACUUGUCACCUACGCUCUUAAAAUUACGGUAAGGUAACAUCACAAGGAAAGAACAUUACACAACGCAGCAUGGGUGCGAAUGCUUGUCUCUCAGUAUUCCCUCACACAUUUUUGAUGCUCACUGUUAUCCCACGCUCUCACUGCGUUACUUUACUGUUAUUUUAAGAGAGUAACAUGGGAAAGAAAGGACAAAAGUCUUUGCUACACGAAAGAACCCGAGGCUAUGUAUGAUACCUCUGUUGCGUCAACAUACAACGUAACCUCGCUGAUACAAACUUCAGAUCGAUCAAAUGCGUGAUUGCCAACAUUUUUAACCAAUCAAUUAAUCAAUCAGCCAAAGACAAAUCUCAUGGCAAGUUACAUUCUGCUUUGUGGCAUAACUUUGUUAAAUUGUUAUGCAAAAGCUUCCCAACUUGAGUGAUUUUUUUUUGGGUGGGUUUACUCUGCAGGCUGUCAUAUAUAAAAGAAAAUGAUUUAUUUCUAAAAUCAUCCGACUGACAGUAGCCUUCAAAAGUUCAAUGUUCACACAAAAAACGGUCAGUUUGGCUCUCAAAGGUGAGCCGAAAUGAAUGUGUCCCAUUUCUUCUGCCACAUGGCCUGACCCGCGUCCUUAAGGUGGUCUGGCAGCGAGCUGUACCUGCGGGCACAGAGGAGGCCGUGUUAAUAGACGUUACCAAAACCAGGCGGUCUCCACAUGGAGUGUCACCUGAUGGAGUUGAGGGCCAGUUCUUUCAGGGUGCCCAGGUUUGCUUUCAGGCCACCGAUGCCCAUGAAGGCUUGAAAGAAGUCGUAGGCCAGGCCCGUGUUGCCGAACAUGGACGGGUCGUCUGAGCUGAUCACCAUCGGGUGGCCCUCGGACAUGAGCACCCCCGCAGGGUGGUUCCGCAGGUCCGAGAUCAGCUUCAGCACCUGGGAGACACAGGCCAGAGAGUCGGACUAAUGUGAUCCAACACAAGGGUCUGCUGUGCGGUACUUCAUUAGACCUGGUUUGAGAUGGGGCACAGUUCCACCGCCACGUUCCUUUUCCUAGAGAGCUCUUUAGCGAGCGGGUGGCGUGCCAGGGCGUAUCCGUGCCCGAUGCGGCUGGUGUUGAACAGGAGCGCGUCCAGGAUGUUCUGAUCCACCUCGGUGCCCUCCUCGUCUGUGGAUAGAGACACAACGUCAACACAGGUGCUCGGUGUUAAAGGGUCCCUGACAUGAUUUAUCAACUUUGUUUAAAUAUGUUAUAUACAGGGUGUCCCAAAAAAAUGUACACACACUAUAAAUAAUUGUAAACGAGGUGUUUAUCAUAAUUUGUUACAUUUUCCAAGUGUAAAACAAACAUAAUUCUAUUGUUUUGUCACCAACUGUUGUCAAAGUGACGUCCGUUGUGGUCCAGACACUGCUGACAACACGAAGCAAUGGAAUCGCACCCAUCACCAAACAAUUCCCUUGGUUUUUGCGUGCAUUCACGUUCAAUGGCUGCUCUCAACCCAGUGACUGUUGGAGCUCUCAUAGCGUAGACUUUGGCGUUUAGGUAUCCCCAUAAAAAAAGUCUAGUAGUGUGAGGUCUGGUGAACGGAUUCAACGAAACCCCCCCGUGCAAUCCACCUGUGUGGCAAGAUCUCAUCAAGGAAGGAUUUACCAUCACGAUAGCAGUGUGGGCAUGCGCCAUCUGGCUGAAAGUACAACUCCUUGUCUUCAAAGUCUUCUCUAAUACGUGGUAUGACAGACUGUUACAGCAAGUGUAUACAUUUUUUUGGGACACCCGGUAUUGUUUGUAAUUAUGUUCUACAUUGUUCUACAUUGUUUUUGAAAGCGAACGGUAAAUUUGCAAAAAUGACAUUUAUAGUUGAUGGCGCCAGCCAUGACGAUCUAGCUCUCGCUAUUCAGUCUCAUAGCGGAGUAAACAAACGCUUCUCGAGCUAGAUGGUCGACUUGGUUCAGUAUAUUUUUCAUCAAAAUAGUAGUCACGCCAAAAUUUUGUGUUGCUGCUGGAUGUUCACAACGAACGAUACUGUGUGUUUGUUUUCCAUUCCAAAAGAGGAAGGUUUAAGACAAAAAUGGCAGAGAGCGAGACAGAUGGAUGCCCACAUUGAGUUCGGUUCUUUGCAGUGAUCAUUUCACUGAUGACUGCUAUGAAGGAACACCUUUACAAGAAGUAUUUGGCUAGAAUGUAUGCUAAAAAUGCAUUUUGAAAAAGGAUGCUGUUCUGCUGGGACACAGGAAAAAAAAGACAAGACGUCAAAGAACAGAGUAAGUCAUGUCUUGUUUACAUAAUGUCUUCUAAACACUAUUCCAUGAUAGCGACAAGGCUGCAAAGCAUUAUGCAUGUUAGAUAAACAUCUUUUCACAUAUGUUUACUUGGGGGUGGGGGACAAAUGCAAAAUAAAACAGGCUAUAUAGACCCCUUUACGCUCAUUAAGAAGCCGAUUUAAAACAAUAAUUGAAGGACAAGCAACUCCGGAGUAAUUUACGCAUACCAUCUGUGUUUUGAAGGCGACCAAACUCCAUCUCCAUGUCUUAAGGCUUAAGUGCAUGUUCUGCAAGUUCUCCCUUUCAUUUCCAAAUGUUUCUCUCUUCUUUUGUCCUCGAAAACCUUUGACACGUAGCUCAAAUCUUCGCUAUAAUCACUGUAAACAUUCUCUGUCUUGUACACUGCCAUGUGAGUUUACCUGAGUGACUGUACUCCGAUCGCAUCACUUCAGGAAAUGAGAGUGAACAGCAAGAGCAAGCUCGUCAUGGCUGGCACCAUCAACUGAAUUAAAUUUUUGCGAAUUUACCAUUUCAAAACUUGAACAAUGUACACCAGGGGUCACCAACGUUUUUCCUUGUGAGAGCUACUUUUACAAAAUGAAAAUGGCCAAGAGCUACUCAUUUUUGUAACAUUUAUUUUCAGAGCUUAUUUUAAACCCCAGCAAAGCGAAUAUGCUUGUUUUU